CUCACACAUACACACAGAAAUGGAGACUGUGAACAGAGGCAAGAUCAUUCUCGGUCUGGAACUCAAUCUGAUUCUGUUUUAUGUCGGGGUCGCGGACGACUGCACCGUCUCAGUGUCUCAAUUACCUGAACUUGAAGUGGACUACAGGCAAAAGGUCGUAACCUUGACCUGCUCCUUCUCCACCGUGGGGUGCCCUGCAGAGAAACCAACACGCCUGUGGUUUCGCUACGGGACUCACGAGCCUGAGAACCUGUGCUCGAAUGGAUGCAGCAGUGAGACAGACAAAUACACCCUUAAGUAUCCAGCACAAAACCAGGUUUCCCUCACCGUGAACAGGCUGACUUUCAACGACAGUGCAAUCUACAUCUGUGGAAUAGCCUUUCGCAGCUCAAAGCAACCGAGAGCUAAGCAAACGGGAGGAGGGACUGUGCUUGUGGUGAGAGAGACGAAGGUUCUCAGCAAGGAACUGCAGUCUGUCCUGAUAGCCCUCUUAGUCCUGUUCUCCAUCUACAUCAUCAGUGUGCUCGUGAUCCUCAUCGUCCUCACUGAAUUAAAAUCUAACACUCAAAGAAAGAAAGAAACAGAAGAGUCACAAAAGAAAAAGAGUGCUCGGCGUAUUUUUCAGGAAAUUGCUCAAGAGCUAUAUAAUAAGAGACAUGCGGAAACAAGCCAACCAACUGAAAAAGACAACACUUAUGAAAAUAGAACAGCCCUUUCUAACUAUGAAAGACCAUAGAAGUCUUCUGACUUUCAAUCAAGUCACCGAAAAUCCAACUCCAGAUGUUAUGAAAGUAUUAGUGGAUAUUCACCCAUCAGGUUUUUUUUAGAAAACAAUUUAAGGUAAAUGGAAAAGUCAACCAGCUACAAGAAGGACGCCAGAGAAUAUAAGGAAAUUAUUACUAAUGAAAAUUACCAAAAUACUAAAACCUAACAAAAUGCAACUGAAAAGUACUUUCCUAAUUUGCUACGUAGGAGAAUUCUAAGCAGUCAAGCAUCUUCAAAAACUUCCAAUUAAAGCAUAUGUCCUCCUGUAUUUUCUCCAUUUGACAUAACCACACGAUGACUGAUACCCUGAAGAUGAUCUGAAGUCAUACCAAGUGCCUCAGUCUUGCCUAGAAGAACUGUCUUUAUGGUUUCUAGACGUGCUGGGCCAACUAGACCAAGUUGGCAGGGGAAGAGGAACGGAGGGAGGAAGGAAUGUGUCAAAAUCUGAGUUAGAAAAAAAUCAUCUUGAACAGUAUUUUGCAGCAAAUAUUAUUUCCUCUAGUAUUGCAAUGGGCCGGUGGUACAGUACACAUUUUCCGGCCAGGGUAUGCAAAAUAACUUACAUCAUGCUACCAACAGAAAGUGAGAGCACAGUAGAAUACAAUAACAUUUUGGUUAUUAUAACAUUUAAUUAUUUUAACAAAAAAUCCAAAGCAUAAGGUUCAGCCAGAGAAAACCUCAGAAUAAAUAAGCCACGAUGGACUCUAGGUGUCAGUCUUGUGCCAAAUAACAGCACCAGGGAAGGCUUUGGCAAAGCAUUGGAACUGAUCAAGACUGCAAUAUUUUUUCUUCUCUUUUAGUAAGUCAUUGCAUUACACACACACAUACACACAAAAAUAUACGUAUGCACACACACAUUUAUAUAAACCUACACUUUAUACAUAGUUGGGGUCAUACAGAGUAAAUAGUUUUGUAUUAUGCACUGCAGUGUGAUUUUUAACCAACUAAGGAGGGAAAUGUUAGACAAGGGGCAGUGUACAGCAGGGAGGCUUAUGGCACUUACUACCAUCUCACUAAGAAAACAUGUUAUAGAACUGCUCUCUGAAAGUUACUUCUGUGUAACAAAAAAUCUAUUUGAAGUACCUGCAAGUAUAUAUUUGCUAUUAAACCUGAAUUACAACCCA